AUGCUGAGCGCCCGCGCCGCCACACACUCUAGCCUCCGCCUCACCGCCGCACCGCGCCGCACCCCCACCGCCCCUCGUACCGCCCUCGGCUCGCGAGGCCGGAUGCCGGCGGCAGGAGGGGAGCCCGCGGCUGGUAUCGUCCAGCAGGUGGCACUGCAGACGCGCCGGAGUCUGCACCGGGGGCCUCGGAGGCCGGGAGGCGGGCAGGGAGCCCGAGGCCCUAAAGAUGAUGCGCUGAGAGUGGCACUGAUGGAGGCCCACUCCGUGCCAGGCACUUUGCAUAUCGGACCGCUCAUCCUUGUGUUUGAGGAAGCUGAGCUCUAUUUAGACGUGUCCUUCCAGUUCUGGGCUGUGAGCCCCGGUCCUGGACUGGAGAGAGACAGUGAUUCACACCACCCUGGUCUCUGCAUGAGAUGGAGAAGAAACCUACACGAGUUGUGGUCACAGACUGGAUGCGGGAGCAGGAGGGCGGAUGUCUUCCCAGUUCUGUCAUUUAUUAUCCAGGAGAGUGGAGCCCAGUUUACUGAUGAUGGGAAGAAAGUAGGUUCAAAUAAUUUCCUUCCAGGGGCACACACGGCUAACACACUCAGUCAAGUGCUGGAGAUUGGAAUUCUGCGACUGGGGUGCCAGCAUGGUCAGUUUCCAGUGGGGACCCUUUACCGGGCUUGCAGGCGACCACCUCCUGCUGCGUCCUCACGUGAUGGAGAGAGGGUGCCACUUCCUAGAAGGGCUAGUCUUACCAGGUUGGUCAAAGCUUUUCUACACAUCGACUCAGAGUGGAUGAAUGACUUGGACAGAAGAAUGAGAGGAACUGGCAUUAGAAUCAUACAUUUUUCCACAGAAGAGUCCCCCAGUUUCCUGCAUUGGGAGGACCAGCUUUCUUCCCUGUAGGGCCCUGAGAUGUGCUGAAUGGACCACAUGCAGUCAGCCUCUGGUUACUCUCGAGAAUUUAAGCCAUACUUAUUUUUACCAUGUCUGAUGCACUCUGACGUUUCCUGUUCCAUACUGUCUCAAUAAAAAUGAUGG